CUGCUCCGCAAAACACCAAAUCACAGCCUCGCCCCGCUCCUCACUCCUUUUCCGAGAACAGAAAAGAAAAACACGUCAACGCACUAACAAAGAACUUACACUCUCUCUACGUCGUUGACUGUCGAUUUUUCAUUCCUUUAAAACAAAACCCUAAACCUUAAUUUCUCUCACAUUUUCAAUGGAAUUUUGGGGUGCUGAGGUUAAAAGUGGACAGAGCUUUGAGGUUGAAUUAGAGGAUGAUGGCAGUAGGAUUUUGCAUAUUUCACAGGCUGCCCUUGGUGAGGUGACCAGUGAUAACAAAAAAGAAAAAGGAAAUGGAACUGCUUGCAUCUAUCUCAAAUUCAAUAAUGAAAAGUUUGUAAUCGGAACACUUUCCCAUGAUAAAUUCCCCCAGAUGCCAUUGGAUUUGGCUUUGCAUAGUGAAUUUGAGUUGUCCCAUACCUGGAAGAAUGGCAGUGUUUAUUUCACUGGGUAUUAUGUUGAUACGCCUCAAGGUUCUGAGUCUGAAGAGGAGCUUCUUGAACCCAUAGUUAAUCCCGUAAAGUCUCAUUCUACAGCAUCUGAUCCUACCACGUCAAAACAGGUUAAGAUUGUGGAACCAAAAAAAGCAGAGGAUAGUAGUGAUGACGAGGAUGAAGAUGAUACUUCUACCGAGGAUGAAAUGUCCAGUGAGGAUCAGGUAGAUGUGUAGCAAUUAUUUUCAUAACCAGCUGAUAUGCUUGUCGAAACCAUUUUUUGAAAAAUGGGAAAUCGACUUUUGAAAACGAAAAGUUGGGAGUCGUCACCAAUCGUUUUUAAUGGGGUGUGAUUGGAUCACCUCAAAACACGGUCAUUUUUAAUAAAUAAAUAAAUUUUUUAAAA